AGAAUUUGUUAAAAAAGUUCGUGAAGUUUUUGACAAACUUACCUUGGAUGUUGUAAUCAUUCGUCAAGUCAGCGAAUCAAAUUUUCAUUCACAUUUAAAAUGGAGGAUUGAGAAAGACGAUUCAUUUUUUAUUGUUGUUUAUAAAAAAAACAUUAAAGAGUCUUUUAAAAAAUUAUUAUAUGAAAGCUAUGAAGUAAAUGCUUUUAACAUCAGUCGACACUACGACCAUUAUAAACGUCGCAAUUGGGAGCAUCGGAUACCAGAGACAGGAGAAAUUUUUAAAGAAAAUGUAAUGCGAACCGCAUUAAUGGCUAAAUUUGGUCAACAUGAAC